UCCACCGGAAAAUAACGGAAGAUGGGUGUUCGAAGCUUCGCAGCAGCAGUCCAUCGCACAGCAAAGCAGAAUUUGGAGAAGGCGAUUCGAGGCAGCAAGCAUCAGCAGUUCCGGGAGUUAACUAACAUCGCCGAGGACAAUGAGUUUGGUGUCGGGUACAGUGUGGUAAUGACUCGGCUGCGUGGCAGCCGCAUGCCUUAUGAGAUCGAUCGCGUCCAGUUGGAGCGAAUAGUAUCCGAUCUGUUUCCUGUUAACCCUUUGGUCUCAUGGCCGGAUGUAGGCAGUGUAGCUCCGGGAGAGCAAUCCGUUGAUGACGUGACUCCUGGGGAGUGACUGGCCAUUGUCGCCGACAUGAACUUGAAGAAGGCUCCUGGUCUGGACGCGGGACUCCGAACGCUGCGGUGAGGGCUGCGAUCAGGAGUUACUCGGAGGUCUUCUGCCGCUUGUAUCAGGACUGUCUAUCCCGCGGCACGUUCCCGUCUCUGUGGAAGAGGCAGCGUCUGGUACUGCUGCCAAAGCCUAGUAAACCUCCAGGUGAGUGCUUCUCAUAUCGGCCGUUAUGUAUGCUCGACGCAUUGGAUAAGGUGUUAGAGCGCCUCAUGCUGAAUCGCCUCAAUCAACAUCUGGAGGACCCCGACUCACCGCAGCUGUCUUGUGCACAGUACGGUUUUCGUCGUGGCCCGACCCUGUGGAACGUGAUGUACGAUGAGGUUCUCAGCGUUGAGCUAUCGCUCGGGGUUGAAAUCAUUGGCUAUGGUGAUGAUUUGGUCCUUCUCGCCCCGGGCACAACGACUGCAGCAGCUGCAACUACAGCGGAGGAAGCCGAGUCAGCGGCGGACAGGUGGUCGCGUGAGCAUCAGUUAGAGCUGGCACACGCGAAGACGGAGAUGACGGUCAUAUCCAGUCUUAAACGGCCUCCAACACUGCGGCUUUGGAAGGGAUUGACCAACACUGUCGGCGGCGUGGUAGUGCCGCAUUCGCGCUCCCUCAAAUAUUUGGGGAUGCGGUUGCAUGACCACCUUUCAUGGAUGCCUCAUGUGACAGCGAUCACGAAGAAGGCGAUGCUUCGCCUAAUGCCGAACCACCGGGGCCCCAAAACGUCGAAGUCCCGUCUGCUUGCGCCAGUCUCGGACUCCGAUCGCAUGUUGGCGAUUCGCGCGGCCCGAACGAUCCGGACUGUUAAGUAUAAGAUUGCGGUGCUGUUGGGCGAACCGGUGCCAAUCUGCAGAGCGAUUGAAGAGGACACUCGGGUCCACAGUCGUCGUGGGACGGGAUCCAGCGGAGACAUCCAAAGAGAGGAGCGGCAACGGAUCAUCGUCGAGUGGCAGUCGACGUGGGAUGCGGAUGCCGCCGCCGAGAGUGCCAGCAAAUAUGUCAGAUGGACGCACCGCAAGAUCCUGGAUGUUGGAUCGUGACAAUCGCGGGAACACAGAGAGGUGACAUUUUACCUGUCACAGGUACUUUCCGGUCAAAGUACAUCAGAAGACAGAAGAACAUACACAAGGACAGACACAGACGAACAAAACAUCAGAUGACCCACAAACCAAAGACACCACACAAACAUUUGUUUGUUUGUCAAUUUGUCAGACGUUUGUCGUUUGUCAGACAAACAGACUACAAUCACACGAAACACCCUAAAUAGACACCUCAACGACCACGGACACACCCUUGACCCCGACAAACGAUGAGUCAAAAACACUACGAGAGAAACACACAAACACAAAAACAGACAAAAAGACCAACAAACGCAAACCAAACAAACGCAAGACAACGGACAACAGACAGGACCAGGACAAGACUCAAGAACCAGCAGCCUAAUGGACAAAGGUUCUAAGCAAGCAGGCAAAGCGACGGGCGCAGAGGAAGCAGCGGAAGCAGGAAGCAGCGGCUUGACGCGAAACAACUACAGCAGCAACCAAAAACACCGAAGCAGCGCGCAUAUCGCGUCCCGGAUGCGUUGGAGUUGGAAACAACGAGCGACACGACACAGGACGAGAUGAUGCGAAUCUUAAAGGAAAAGCUGGGGUAGGAUCAUCCGAAAGUGGAGCGUGUACGGAUGAAUUUCCAGGGAAAAAAUUCUUCUGGAAUUGUCCUGCAAGAGCCACGCCGAGACGGUCGAGAUGUGGCGAAAAGUGUGCGAAGCAUUGGAGGGCAAGGCGAAAGCCCGACCACGGACCCCCACAAUUCGCCUCACCUGCAUGAACGUCCCACAAAGCUGCACCAACGAGGAGAUCGCCAUGGAUCUAAGCGCAGCCCUGGCCGUCACGAUCUACACUGACCAGAUCACCACCGAAAAAUCAAAUUACAGAACGCUGGUCGCUUUCUUCGGAUGCCCGGAGGUGGCAGUAACGGAUGAUGUGUUGCUUCAGCAACAUAUUGUUGGAUUCAGCCAGUGCUGCCGGUUCAAAAAGGUUGAGGUAAAGCGCCAAUGCUAUCGGUGCUACGAGUUUGGCCGUGGGAAGGAUCUGUCAAGCAGAUGUCAUCGAAGGACCGGAAAUCACCAAGGAACGGAAGUGCCUCGUCUGCAAGGGCCCGGAAGCAAUCGGGCAUUCGUUGGGACAGCGCAACUGCCGGCAUGUAAGAGGAGGGAGAACAACGGAAACUGGGUCGCGGAUCCAACAGGCAGAGUUGCAGCAGUAUCAACAGGAAGAUACCCCAUCCAACACAUCAUCGAGAAUCGGUGGGAUUGCUUCGUCGUGGUCAAAAUGCGUGGUAUCGUUUUCUGCUCCAUUUAUCUACCCCCCGUUGGGCCCGAUUUGUGUAUGGAGGAUUAUCGUCGCAAAUGGACCGAAAUUGCGUCGGUGAUUCCGCGGAAUCCGGACACCGUGACCGGUGGGGAUGUCAACGCCUGGUCAGGAGCGUGGGGAAUGGAACGCAGACAUAACGAUGGAGAACGAGUGCAUAGGGGAGCAGUGGUAAUGGAUGCUAUGGCAUCGCUUGAGCUGGUCUUGUUGAAUCGGGACAACCGGCCAACCUGGAGCAGUAACAGUGGUCGUAGUUCCAUUGUCGAUGUUCCUUUUUGCAGCUCGUCUCUUCUGGGGAACAACUGCUGGCGAGUCUGCGACGAAAAUCCGAGCGACCACAACACCGUCAAGUUUUCGGUCGGGAGGACGACGGCACGGCACAACCUGGAACACAGCGCACAGCAGGCAUCGGAGAGCAGAUGGGCGGCCCGGUAUUUCAACAAGGACUUGUUCGUUGAAAUUAUGGGGUCACUGGACAUCCAAACAGUGGCGGAUCAAGCUUGUCGGAGGCCCUAAGCGGAAUGGUAAUUGAUGUCCCGAAAGUAUGGUCGCACUGUCGAUAAACUGAAUUUUGAAAAAAAAAACUUACCGGAGAGUUAACUGUUUUCAAAAGUUCUGACCAGGGGGAGGCCCUACUGCAUCUGCUCGGGGCCCCUAC